CCCCAGUCUAUUCCCAGUCCCUCCCACUGCCAUCCCAGUCCCUCCCAGUGCCAUCCCAAUCCGUAGCCAUGUCCUCCAAGCCCUCUACCCUCCCUCCCAGUGCCCCCCAGCUGAGCCCAGUGUCUCCCCCGUCCCUCCCAGUGCCCCCCAGUGUGUCCAUCUCGCUGGUGCCGUCGAGCUCCCAGCCCGGCCCCGGCCGCCUGCUCUGCUCCGGGAUGGAUUUCUACCCUGCGCCUGUGCAGGUGAGGUGGUUCCAGGAUGGGCAGGAGCUGCCGGAGCACGUGGUGGCCACCGACGUGGUCCCCACCGGGGACUGGACCUACCAGGUGCUGGUGCUGCUGGAAAUUCCCCCCCGGCGCGGGGUCACCUACAGCUGCCAGGUGGAGCACGUCAGCCUGGAGCACCCCCUCAGCCGGGACUGGGAGAUGCCACCGGACACCGUCCGCAGCAAGAUCCUGGUGGGGGUCGGGGGCUUCGUCUUGGGCUUGGUCUUCCUGUUGCUGGGGCUCGGCUUCUACCUGCGGGAGAAGAGCUCCUGAGCCGCCGGCGGCCGCAGCCCCUCCCUGUGGCCUCAGGCCCAGCCGGGACCCCCCAGUCCAUCCCCACGCUGAGUUUGGGGGGUCGUGUGUCCCCCUCGGACCU